AUGCUGAGCGACCACGACCGUCGAAAGCAAAUUAGCGUCCGCGGUAUUGCUCAAGUUGAGAAUGUAAGCAAUAUCAAGAAAGCUUUCAACCGUCACCUCCACUUCUCUAUUAUCAAGGAUCGUAAUGUUGCUACAGCCCGUGAUUAUUACUUCGCUUUAGCUAAUACCGUCAGAGAUCACCUUGUAAGCAGAUGGAUCAGAACUCAACAACAUUACUAUGAGAAAGAUCCCAAGAGAGUUUACUACCUUUCUCUUGAAUUCUAUAUGGGCCGUACACUUUCCAACACAAUGAUGAAUUUGGGUCUUCAAGCCACUGUGGAUGAGGCUCUCUAUCAACUUGGCCUUGAUAUUGAAGAAUUGCAAGAAAUCGAGGAAGAUGCUGGAUUGGGAAAUGGAGGUCUUGGUCGCCUUGCUGCCUGUUUCCUAGACUCUAUGGCCACUUUGGGGAUUCCGGCUUAUGGCUAUGGUUUACGUUAUGAAUAUGGAAUCUUCAAACAGCUUAUCAAGAAUGGGUGGCAGGUUGAAGAACCAGAUGAUUGGCUCAGAUUUGGUAACCCUUGGGAAAAGGCCCGCCCCGAGUACAUGCUUCCGGUAAACUUCUAUGGAAGAGUUGUUCGAGAUGCUACUGGAAAAGCGGAAUGGGUUGAUACUCAAGUUGUUUAUGCAAUGCCAUACGAUACUCCUGUGCCUGGCUACAGAAAUAAUGUUGUGAAUACACUCCGGUUAUGGAGCGCAAAGGCAGAAAAUCAUUUCCAUUUGAAGUUCUUCAAUGACGGAGAUUAUGUCCAAGCUGUCAUGGACCGUAACUUGUCAGAAAACAUCACUCGAGUUUUGUAUCCAAAUGAUAACGUGUUCAUCGGAAAAGAACUUCGUUUGAAGCAACAGUAUUUCCUCGUUGCUGCAACUCUUCAGGAUAUUAUCAGACGUUUCAAGUCUAGUAAAUACGGGUGCCGUGAUACCAUCAGAGGAGAGUUCCAAACUUUCCCCGAUAAGGUUGCCAUACAACUCAAUGAUACUCAUCCUUCUAUUGGAAUUCCAGAACUUAUGCGUCUACUUGUUGAUGUUGAAAAUUUGACCUGGGAUGAGGCAUGGGAUAUCUGUGUGAAGACUUACGCUUACACUAACCACACUCUGCUGCCCGAAGCUUUGGAGAGAUGGCCAGUCAGCAUGUUACAAGCACUUCUUCCUCGUCAUUUGGAGAUUAUUUACGAAAUCAACCAAAAGUUUAUGGAGUUGGUUUCUUCUAAAUGGGCUGGAGACUUCGAGAGAAUGCGCAGAAUGUCUAUUGUUGAAGAAGCUGAUCAACAUGGCGAGAAAAGAAUCAACAUGGCUCAUCUCUGCAUUGUUGCCUCUCAUGCCAUAAACGGAGUCGCUGCACUUCACUCUGAUCUGCUCAAGAGCCACACUUUCCGCGAUUUCUACGAGAUGUAUCCAGAAAAGUUCCAAAACAAAACUAACGGAAUCACACCAAGACGUUGGCUUUUACUAUCUAACCCAUCUCUUGCUGAUACCAUUGCAGAGAAAAUUGGAGAAGACUGGGUUAUCAACCUCGAUGAGCUGACCAAAUUGAAACAGUUCGCUUCUGAUCCUGCUUUCCUUGAUCAAAUCCGAAGAGUCAAACAAGAUAACAAAAUGCAUGUAGCUCAAUACCUCUCUGAUGAGUAUAAUGUGAAAGUUAACCCAGCCAGCAUUUUUGAUAUUCAUGUAAAAAGAAUUCAUGAAUAUAAGAGACAACUUCUCAAUAUUCUUCAUGUGAUUGCUUUGUACAAUCGUAUCAAAGCAAAUCCCAAUAUUGAUAUGGUUCCAAGAACUGUUAUCUUCGGAGGAAAGGCUGCUCCUGGUUAUCACAUGGCUAAGCAAAUUAUUCGCUUGAUCACUAGUGUUGGCGAAACUGUCAACAACGAUCCUCUUGUGGGAGAUAAGCUUAAGGUCAUUUUCCUCGAGAACUACAGAGUUUCCUUGGCUGAAAAGAUUAUUCCAGCAGCUGAUUUGAGUCAGCAAGUCUCCACUGCUGGUACUGAGGCUUCAGGCACAGGAAACAUGAAAUUCAUGCUUAAUGGAGCUCUUACCAUUGGAACCCUUGAUGGUGCCAACGUUGAGAUGGCUGAAGAAAUGGGAUUGGAAAACAUCUUCAUCUUCGGAAUGAAUGUUGAGGAAGUAGAAGCUUUAGGAAAGCGUGGUUACAACUCUGGAGAGUUCAUCAAUAAGAGUCCUGUACUCAAGCAGAUUGUCGAACAAAUUGAAGGAGGUAUGUUCACACCUGAACAACCUGAUCAACUCAGAGAUUUGUCAAAUAUGCUGAAAUUCCACGACAGAUUCAUGGUCUGCGCUGACUUUGACGCUUAUAUUGAGGCACAAGACAAGGUCUCUGAGACAUAUAGAGAUCAGCAUAAGUGGGCUGUAAUGGCUCUAAUGAACAUCGCUUCCACUGGUAAAUUCAGUACUGACCGCACAAUCGCCGAGUAUUCCCGAGAAAUUUGGGGAAUCGAGCCUGGAGAGAUUUCUCUUCCACCUCCAUAUGAAGAAUCUACUGAAAACAACUAA